AAGGCCGGCCGCUGGGGAGUCUGGAACAUACCUCUAGCAGCCUCGCCUCUGUAGCUAGGCAUUGUAGUAGAGGGGGGAAAGAAGAAGACUAGAAGAAAAGGGCCAUGGCGACCUCCUUCCAGGGAACCACCACCAAGUGCACCGCCUGCGACAAGACGGUGUACCUCGUCGACAAGCUCACCGCCGACAACCGCGUCUACCACAAGGCCUGCUUCCGCUGCCACCACUGCAAGGGCACACUCAAGCUCGCCAACUACAACUCCUUCGACGGAGUGCUCUACUGCAGGCCUCACUUCGACCAGCUCUUCAAGAGGACCGGGAGCUUGGACAAGAGCUUCCAAGGAACCCCAAAGGUUGUCAAGCCAGAAAGAAACGUUGGGAAUGAGAAUGCUACUAAAGUCUCGAGCGCCUUCGCUGGCACCAGGGAGAAGUGUGUCGGAUGCAGCAAGACAGUCUAUCCAAUUGAGAGGGUUACUGUGAACAACACCAUGUACCACAAGUGCUGCUUCAAGUGCUGCCAUGGAGGAUGCACCAUCAGCCCUUCUAACUACAUCGCGCACGAGGGGAAGCUCUACUGCAAGCACCACCACGUCCAGCUGAUCAAGGAGAAAGGGAACUUCAGCCAGCUCGAGAAUGACCACGAGAAGACAUCGCAGGCUGGGUCGCUGGAGGACGACGAAGAAGAAGAGUAUUAAUUAAUCGCUGAGCAAAAAUACAUACCACCAGAAGAAUAAUUAAUCUUCCUUCUUGCACUAUAUAUUUCUGUGCCAUUUCAGUCUUACCAAUGGAGAUCAUAUGUGCGUUCAGAGAA